AUGCCUCCGGCACCUCCCCUGCGGCAGAUUUCCGCCCCCGAGGGACAGAACAUUGGCAAAUUUCGAGCCCUUCGCGUGACGAUGAACACCGCUGCUGCGAUGCGAAGCGGCAAGACGAUCCCGGUUUUCAAGGGGACUCUUGGAUACUACAUCCAGGAUAUGAGCGAUAGCGAUACCCACAUUAUGGCCCAGCUGAUCAACCACAAUGGCCAGCGAGCUAUUUUCUCCAUUCCUCGCAACGCAUGCAGUUUCGGCGCUCUUCACGAGGAGUUCCGGGUCGACUUUCCCGCGGCUCAGUUCAGUCAGUCCACCAUUCCGCACGGAGGUGCUCGCAACAGCAGCAUUGCAGGCAAGGCGAUCAUGCAGUUCUGGAUGAAUUUCAAGGAAAACUUGCCUGUGUUGGCGGGACUCGGCCUCAAGCAUAUCGACAAGCUCGGCGAGAUCCUCAACGACCAAUCUAGUUUUCUCAAGGCGAUGGACUGUAUUCUUGGCGGGCUCUCGGACGAUGCCUGGGACAAGAUAAAGGAAGGGGGUGACAUCCGAGCUCUCCUGAGCAUGAAGCAUGUCCGCCAGACCUAUCCUGGUUACUCCCCCAAGCAGGAGAUCAUUUACCUUCGUCUUGCUGUGAACGACCUAACGCCGAGCCCGGACGAGACCGACUUUGGAAAGUAUGGAGGAGGCACGCGCCGCAACCCGCACGACUGCAAUCUGCAGCACGAAGAGGCUAUGACGGGUCACUUUUCCGCCGUCCCUCACUACUCUAUCGCCAACAAGUACCGCUAUCGCAUCAUGAUCCCCAUGAUCAAACUGAUGGACGUCCCCGAUUUCAUCGUCGCCAUGGCAGAGACGACGAUCUGCGCUUUGUUCCGAACUUGGCACGCUGCUGUCUGCUACGCCCGUGAAGACAUCAACAAUGGCAUUGGCGCUGCGACUGUCAAUCAUCGCCUCAUGGCUACCCUUUUGCGCGAGCUGGGCGAUCAAGCGCUGACGAAGGUCGGCUUCCCUCUUUAUCGUGGCAAGGGCUGCAACUACUCGAUUCCUCUUGAAGAGCUGCCGCAGCAGAAACGUGACUGGAUACGCUACGACGUCACCAACGAAGCCGGCGAGGAGAUGUUUGUGUAUCGCUGCACAACCGCCAUUGCGAACCUCCCUAACGCGAGCAAGAAACGAAAUGACCUAGGUCUCAGACUCAGAUUUACUCGCUUCAAAGAGAUCAAGUUGGCAGACGGCAAAGUCUACAACUCGCAGGGCCUUGGUCUGUCUAUCACGGCCAACUUGGAUCACCUGAGAGAGUCGCUCAAUCUUCGCCAUGGGCAGCCCGUUUUGGUGUCCAUUGAGCGGAUGAAGAAUGGGAAGCGCCAUCCCGUUCCUUGGUACCGUCACCCUUACCACGGCGCAUUCAACAACACUGAGGAGCUUCACACAUUCGGGAUUCGGGUCGAGAUAAUGAACGAAGCCACGAAGCAGUGGUUUUCGAUCCCGAUUCAAUGCAAUUCAUUGUACAAGAUCUACGACCCCAAUGCUAGCUUGGAACACAUUGUUCGGAAGGACGAGAAGCUGAAGGCCUACGUCGUUGACAAGAGGGUUACAACCUCUUGGCGCAUGGCCACUCACAUUCUGCAAUUUCUUGACAAUCGUCGUUAUCAAGAUGCGCCCGUCUAUCUCUGCCCGCAUCUCGGCUGUGACGUAGUCGGCGUCAGCAUGGAUCACGAGCGCCAACGUGUCUUUUUCAGCCCUGUCCCCGAGCAAGUUGUGGAGGCCCCCAAGCCCGUCACAUUCAAGGACAAUUUUGUCAAGCUGGCUGUCGAUUACCCCGGUGUUCCUUUUGGGCCUCAACCUCCCAAUGAGUGGUUCAGAAACGGAGGUCGGAACCUCAACAGCCCGGCUUGCAUUCCAUGCUGGACUCAGCGAGGGGACCGCAACAUCCGUAAGAAUGGCUGCCCUCAACGCCGUCCAGUUCCCAUUCCCGCGACCGAGAGCCCGGGCGGAGAGGACAUAUCGACCGACACCUGCGACAUUUGCUGGACCUUCUAUCGCAGCCCUUGUUCUUGGGUUCAGUUCCACGUCGGUCAUGUACAAGAGGGACUUGCAGGACUUAUUCUUGACGACAAGAAGUUCGAUGGACUCUUUCCCAAGCGGUUCGUCAAGCACGCCCCUGAGCCGAUCGCCCCUCCCAUGAACCUGGAGGAGUACUUCGCCAUCGCGGACGAGAUUGCUGUCCGGGAAGACGCGCUGGAAGACGAUGACGACCUUGACGUCAAUGACGAGAUGUAG